AUGCCUUGUGAGGAAACGGUUAAAAAAAUAAUUUAUACUGCCUAUAAAUAUAGUUUGCCAAUCCUCAAAGAAAAAUUAAUUAAUGAAGCAAUUUCAGUAUCAUUAUGUAUAGAUUUAUGGAUAGCUCGUAGCCGUCGAGGUUAUCUUGGUAUUACAUGCUCUUUUAUUAAUAAUGAUUAUAAACGGUGUGAAUUCGUCCUUACAAUAAAAUACGUAUCAGUUACUGUCAAAUUGCCUACUGGAUCUGAUUAUUCUUUAGAGAUUGAUCCAUUAGCUCAUGAAAUAUUACCUAAGGAAUGUAAAUAUGAAGGAGAUGAUUCUCUUGCUGGAUCUUUUUCAACAUCUGAUGGCAAGAUAACUUAUCCUUCAUUAGCACGUAACGCGAAAAAUUGGGAAGUUGGAGAAAGAAAUUAG